AUGGAUAUGGAAGAAGUUGCACAGGUAAAGCAGAAUAGUCUUGCAAAUAUUGAAGAGAUUUUGUCAUCAGCAACAUCAGAAAGUUCAAAGAAACAACAUCAAAAGUUUCAGCAAAUGAAGAAAAGAAGAGCAACAAAAUUAUUCAAAGAGAGCAAAUUUAAAAAAAGAGCCAAGACCAAUCAAGGCAAUAAAUCAUUAAUAGACAGCAAAGAUGAAAAGUUUAUUGCCAAAAGCAUUGAAGACAAAGCAACAUACCAUGGCCGUAGACAUGAUUUAGUUAUGUACACUAACAGACGGGUUAAGUAAAGAGAUCUUCUUAAUAUUGCUAAUUAUAAUUGGCUAGUAUGAAUAAAAAACUGAUCAAGAGUUCUACUACUGUUUAUAACAGAUCAGUCGAAGCCAAACAACACAGAGGAAAGGGCCUGUUUUGCACCAAAAAGCCAUCGAAAGUGGAAGAUGAUGAUAAUAAAAACACACAUUACCAGCGAUCACAUGUUAAAAAUGUCAAGUUAGCAUUUUUCGGAAAGGAUUUUAAAGAUAACUCUCACAUAUGUUUUAUGCGCAGCAUUGAUGACAAGGCGUAUCUAAGACUAGGAACAUCAGAAGGAUUUCUGAACACCCGAAAUAAAAAUAUUUUGACAUUGACUGAUGUUGAAAAAGCAAAGAAAUUACCAAAGUAUGAUUGCCCAGAAAAGCUUGUGUACCAAACACCAGGAUCCCAUCACAUAUUCACCAAAGAAUGUACCAUGUCCAAUGAUAAAGAUGAGGAGAAACUUUUGACAAAAGAUGACAAUCAUUUUGUAUUUAUUUGA